UGACAUGAUGUAGUAUUGAUCCAGUGGCAACCUGUUGGUUACGGAUACCGCCUGUCAGAUCGUGGAUGUGUAGGAAUGUAUUUGGCAUUGUCAGCGAUGAAACGAGCCGCGCCCACGUGACAUGUAACUAGUCCACAGGGGACCAAGGUCGACUCCGCCCACCUCACAGGAGUCCCACUUGUAACCUUCUAUUGGAUGUACUUCAUGUUGAGCAACUCACAGACAGCAUAGGCUACUUCCUGUAGACGUUGGUCCUCUGUUGGCCUAUGGAGAGAAGGUGUGGCUUGUCUCGUGCACACUCACAUUACUGUCCAUGGUGUGUGUGAUGGGGCAGGACUUACUGUGCCGGUGUUACCUCUAGCUGUGUUUUCCAGUAAUUGUGAUAUCUGACUGACGCUGCCAAGAUGACGGACCAUACUGAGCUGGUUAAUGAGAUGGCAUCCGUGGAGCGGAUGUCCACUCAGGAUCGGCUGAAACAUGCUCGUAAACGGCGCUCACAGCAGCUGAAGAAAUUUAGCCAGUAUGAAAAGCACUUGGAUAAGGAGUCGAAGAAGAAGAAAUCUACUUCUCAACAGAAUUCUAUUCAGAGACAGAAAAAAAAGAAAAAUAACCGAGUGAGAUUUAUAAGUAGCAUAGCGUUGUUGGAAUCUGCUGCAAGAAAUGACAUAGAAGAAGUUAGGAAACUUUUACAAAACAAGACCGAUCCUAAUGUUACAAACGAGGAUGGGCUGACAGCAUUACACCAGUGUUGUAUUGAUGACAACACAGACCUGCUGCUGCUGUUACUGGACCAUGGAGCCAAUGUCAACGCGAAGGACAGCGAGUUGUGGACGCCACUACACGCUGCUGCCACAUGUGGACAUGUGCAUUUAUGUAAACAGCUGAUAGACAAGGGUGCUGAGUUGCUGGCUGUCAAUGCUGAUGGCAACAUGCCAUACGACAUCUGUGAAGAUGAAGAAACACUAGACUAUAUAGAGACUCAGAUGGCUCUGCGAGGCAUUACCCAGGAACAGGUAGAUGAGACACGGCUGGCCACAGAAAAGAGGAUGUUGGAGGAUCUCAAGGCUGUGGGCACUGAGCGCCGAGUCCUAGAACAUCGGCUUGAGGAUGGAGUGACAACUCUGCACAUCGCCGCAGCCAAUGGCUACAUAGAAGUGGCUGACUUCCUCCUGUCCAAUCAUGUUGCUAUCAACAUGCGUGAUGACGACUCAUGGCAACCUAUCCACGCAGCUGCUUACUGGGGACAGCCCGAGAUUUUGGAACUCCUUGUCCAGAAUGGAGCUGAUCUUGAUGCCAAAACACGAAAUGGAGAGACUGCUUUUGACUUAUGUGAGGAUCCCGAGCUCAAACAGAAGAUCCUUGACAUGAAGGAUGAGAUUGAGACAACGCGGAACAAUCGUUUGCCACCGAGAAAACACCGUAUUAGUACCAGAAGCUUGACUCAUUCCCCAGGGAUGCUGUAUAGCUCCAAUUCCUCACUGAGUGAGAAAACCCCCAGUAGUCACAGGGACAGGAGCAAGGCUUGCUCAUCUCGCAUCAAUGACAUAAACGACGUACGUGCCUCCAUCCGUCGCAGCAGUCUCCGCGGUGAGAAGAGUGUGUUGUUCAAGAAGGAAGCGAAAGAGGAGGCCCUUCACUUCGGUCUUCUCCCAAUGGAGGAUAAUGAUGAUGGGGAUGAUGAUGAGAAGGAUACGUCCCCCAUCACCGACAUUGAUGAUGUAAAAGUGACCAUAUCUGAUGAUCAAGAACAGGAUUCACGUGAUGGACCUCCAAGCCGACCAGCCAGCAAUGCAGUCGUGUCCCGACCGACAAACUCUCAACCUGCUAUGCCGAAGGAGGACGUCCACCGACCACCUCCGCAAGCUGCACCAGCUUCAAAACCAGAAACAGCCAAAUCUCAGCAGCCACGUCCACCUCCUGAAAGCCGCCCAGUAGCAGAAAACCGACCAAGUGAAAAUAGGUCUGUUCCUCAAGGUGACAAGGUUGCUCAUGUUGAUUCGGCCGAGCAAGGAGCUAGUGCCAGGGUUCCCCCAGCACAGCAAUGGCAACCUAGAGCACCACAGCAUGGGGCACCACAACAUGGGGCACAGUUCAGUUCCCUGCCAGAUCUCAAAAAGAAUCGUACUGAACUACGUGUAGUAGAUCCUCCAACAAGACCAAAAACACUUGAUGAUCACCUUCAGGACAUGUUUUUAUCCAGCUUACAAAAGGACCCUGUAAUGCAAGGCCCCAAUGUUCCAAAAACAUCGGCGAAAGACAAAACACAAAAUGGGCAUAAUAACAACAACCGAACAUCAAUGUCGUCAUCCAAUCGCAAUACCUAUUCUCAUGAUGACGGUCGACUGAAGUCAUACAAGACUCAUGCAGUGAUUGGUGGGGAUGAUGAUAAGGACACAAAGUGCUGUGUGAUAUCAUAGUGACUGGCCCAGUUGGAUAUACUUGAGAGCACUAGCAGACUGAUAUUGACACGGUAUUGCAUGUUUACUGAAGGAAGUAGUGAUAUGUCCUGUCCGUAAACAGAAACAUAGAUUCUUUUUGAGAAACAUUAAUGGCAUGUAAUUUUUGAGAAAUUAUUCAUGUUACCAUGGUUACAAGCCAUAAGAGACAGGUGCUCAUGUCCAGAAGCAGUGUCAGAAAUGGAUAUGAUGGGGAACCAUUUCCAGUGCAGCAUACAAAUGGCAUCACACUGAUUUCAGAUCUAUGUGAAUACUUUGUCGAAUUUUGUGUUAUUCCAGAAAUAGUCACAGAUAACCCUACAUUUUCUGUCAUCAUCAGAUGAAAUCUGGUGAUGAGGUCUUCACUACAUUUUCUAUAGUAUCAUGCUUGAAUUAUUUCAGUUUCCCCAUGUCAUUCAUGUUUCAGUUGCUGAAUGCAUAUAUCUUGCACUUACCAAGAGGUCUGUGUGGACUUUAGCAUUGUCAUAUGCCACAGCGUUAUUUAUCUUAUUUAGGAAUCGUGCAUAUCUCUAUAACUUGACUAAUAGUUUGCAAAUAUUAGCUUUAUUUAUUAGAUUCAGCUGCAGUACAUUUAUUUUCCUUUGCCCCUUUUCGACUCGUUCACCAGAUGCUGAAAACAUGCAUUCCCCUUGUAUGUACAGAACAUCAACUGUUUAAGAUUUCAUCUCCAUGGGCUGUCAACAGCUUGAUAUAACAGAACGUCAACCAUUGUUUGCCCAUAUGAAUGCAAGUCAGACAGCUAUGCAAUAGGAGACAUCCCACCACCCAAAACUCGAGCCAUCUCCCUUCCAAACACCACAUUGUGGUUCAUAGUGUGUCCUUUCUUCAGACAUUCCAGAAUCAGGCAACACUUCUCUUUUGUGGUUUGUGAUUCGACCAAGAGCAAAUCAGAAAUUGAAAUGAAAUAAUUUAGAUGUAAUGGCUUUGGGAAAUAGAAAUCAAACUGUUAAUAUGUUUUCAUGUUACAUAGUAGCUGUUUAGAUAUAUUGCAUAUAGUCUCUGCUCAUUGUAAACACCGUAUAAGAAGAACAUUACUGGGAAAUAUAGUAAAUGCCUUGCAGAUUAAACAAUUAUUGUUUGUGACGUAAGUUGCAAACACAGUAACCUUAUUGCUUUAUGAAAUAAACAAAUAUUGAGCUACACCAGUGUAUGAAGUAAGGCCCGUCCAACCGCCCGAGAUGGCCUAGAUUUCUGCCGGACGGUCUAAUUUCACAGCUCGCAGCCCCAUGGAUGGGUG